GUUUACUUUCUGUAGGUGUUUUCUGAAAGUAAUGCAGCUAAGACCCAUCGAGAUAAGAAAAUGCAGUGUAAUGCCCACUGAAAUAUUUCUAUUCUAAUCGGAAGACGGAAGACUUAUGGAGUAUGACAAAGCAUUCUGCUGUAAGUGGUCCAGGCAGCCAGGAAUAAUUAAACCACCAGAGUACUAUCCAGGAUCAGGGACACACACACGUGCACACACACACUUACAGAGCUAUAAGAGAGCUAUUGAAGCCCUUAAAUAGACAACCCUUGUUUGUAGAGGAAGAAAGAAGAAUUGGAGGCAGAUAGAAACUCCAAAGCAGCAGAUCUGGGCUUUUAUCAUUUUCUACGCCAUCUAUUGGGGAAACGUGGGGAUCGCAGGGAAAAGGCAGAAGUAUAAUAAUUCUUAUAAUGUAUAAUGAUAUAAUGAUAAAAUAAAUGAUACAAUUUGGAACAUUUUGGCGGGCCGCAUUAAAAAGCAGAACGGGCCGCAUCCGGCCCCCGAGCCUUAGUUUGCCCAUGUCUGGUUUAGUCGUAGUAUGCUUAUAAUUUUUUUAUUUUAUUUAGAAGCAUUUGGUCCCAUGUACAGAUUCAAACAUCCCGUUCUCAAUGUCAGUAAUGUCUUUUUAACUGUAUCUCCCAGGGUGCCAAACGUACUUUGGAGACAAUUUGGUUGUGGUAAUAAAAGUAUCCAACAGAUGGCAGCAUACGACGGGAAAGGAAGUUCGAGACCAUGCACGUUUUAGACUGUUGGAGGGAAAUGUCUGGCAUGAUUUUGAGAUCAAAAUCAAACUUUUUUUUUUUUUUUUUGAACAUAGAGACAAUUUCUACAAUAAAAAUAAAAAGCAUUUACAAACACGUUAAAAAGAUAUUUACUGAAUCUGACGUUUGAAAGUUGAACAACCUCAUGAGGGCAUAGAAAGGGCCUUGUACUUGUGUGUUAAAAAAGAGAUAGAUAGAUGGAUGGAUAGGUGGAUAGACGUUCCGGAAAUAAAUACACAUUUAAAUACAAUGUUUAAACUAAACAAUUCACCAGGGAAAUUGCUGAUCCUGUGCUGUGUUUGUUUCCUUUCCGGUUGGAUUUUUGCUUCAAAUCUGGACAUCUGUUCCUGUGCUGAGGACAUUGGCCUGCUGACGUGGUGAGUAACAUUAUGCUGUUGUCAUGACGACAGACGAGGCGGACAGUUGCCAGAAGAAACCGGGGCAGCAGGAAACUGGCAAGGACGCCAGGUUGCCCUCACCAGAGGAAGAGCAUCUGCGGCCCCACAAUCGCAACUCCGCCAGCCGUGGGCUCUCCCGCCUUUUCUCGUCCCUUCUGAAGAGGCGUUCCCAGUGUGAGAGCGAGGGGGGAGAGAAGGACGACAAGCAGGGAGGGGAGGAGGAGGCUAAGGCUCCCAUUGCAGACCCCGAACCUGAACUGAGGGCAGAGGGAGACGUUGCCUUGGAUCAGCACUCAGUAAGCAGUACUGAGACUCAGGCCGUACAGGUAGAGAGAAAAGAAGCCGAGGAGGAGGAGGAGGAGGAAGGCGUGAACGACAAAGAGAAGGACAAGGAGCAAGAAGAGGAGGCUGCCGUAGAGAAAGAGCUGGAGAAGGAAAAGGAGAAAGAGGGGGAGGAGGAGGAGGAGGAGGAGAAGGAGAAGGAGAAGGCCAAGGAGGAGAAGGAGUCUGUCAAAGAAGCAGACGAUAAAGAGGAAAAAGAGGAAAAGGCCACGGAGGAGGAGACCAAGGCUCCCAAGGCUCCGCGGAGACCCAGGACCAUGCAGAUCAAAGUGACCCUGCUGGACGACACUCUGUACGAGUGUGAGCUCAAUAAACAUGCCACAGGCCAGGAGCUGUUCAUGAAGGUGUGUGACCAUCUCAACCUGUUGGAGAAAGACUACUACGGCCUGGCCAUCUGGCAGACACCUACGAUGAAGACAUGGUUGGACCAGACCAAAGAAAUCUUCAGGCAGGUGCAAGGUGCCAACUAUAACUUCACCUUCAAUGUGAAGUUUUAUCCUCCGGAUCCAGCCCAGCUGUCUGAGGACAUUACGAGGUACUACCUGUGUCUCCAGCUAAGGAAGGACAUCCUGCAGGGAUUUCUGCCCUGCUCCUUUGUUACUCUGGCCCUGUUGGGUUCCUUUGCUUUGCAGUCAGAGUUGGGCGAGUACGACCCAGAGGUACAUGGCACUCAUUAUGCCAAGGACUUGAAGAUGGCCCAGGGUCAGACCAAGGAGCUGGAGGAUAAAAUGAUGGAGCUCCACCAAACGUACAGGUCAAUGAGUCCGGCCCAAGCGGACAUGAUGUUUUUGGAGAACGCCAAGAAGUUGUCCAUGUACGGUGUGGACCUUCACCAAGCCAAGGAUUUGGACGGCGUUGACAUCAUGCUCGGAGUUUGCUCCAGUGGUCUGAUGGUUUACAAAGAAAAGCUGAGGAUCAAUCGUUUUCCCUGGCCCAAGGUCCUCAAGGUCUCGUACAAACGCAGCAGCUUCUUUGUCAAAAUAAGACCAUCCGAGGUGGAGCAGUAUGAAAGUGCUAUUGGCUUCAAACUACACAAUUACAAGGCAGCAAAGAAGCUGUGGAAAGUGUGUGUGGAACAUCACACCUUUUUCAGGCUGACCUCGACUGAGAUGGCCACCACUCCGAGGAAGUUCCUGGCGCUGGGCUCUAAGUUUCGCUACAGCGGCCGAACACAGGCUCAAACCAAACAAGCCAGCUCUCUGAUCGACAGACCAGCUCCUCUGUUCCAGCGCUCAUCCAGCAAGAGAAACUCACGCAGUCUAGAUGGAGCCAUGGCGUUCACUCCCGACAACAAAUCCUCCCGUCCGGUCAGCGCUCCCGUCACGUCACCCGUGACUCCAGGGGAAGGAGCUCCUUCACCGAUGCUGCCAACACUGCAUCGCUCCGACCACCACGAUGGCAGCACGACUAAAGGUCGCCGCUCUGGAGACAGGAAGGCCGAGUUGAAGAAGGAAACUCACAGAGGUGAACAUAACAGGAGCCAGAGCCCUAGACCAGAGGCCACGCCGGAAGUGAAGACAGUGGCGAGAAGAGAGCGAAGACAGUCCCCCUCUGUGUCCGCAACCAACGGGGAAAGGGAGAAAAAGAGCCAGCAGCACAGCCAUCAGGACAAAACCAAACCUGAGGGAGUGCGAGUAAGAAAGAAAAGAGCAAAGAAACUUGAGGGUGAAAGUAUUUAUAUCAGACAUAGCAAUUUAAUGUUGGAGGACCUGGAUAAGACGCAGACCGAGAUAAUGCGUCAUCACACUAGCAUCAGCGAGCUGAAGAGGAGUUUCAUGGAGUCCGUGCCGGAGCCGCGGCCCAGCGAGUGGGACAAGCGUCUUUCCACUAACUCGCCUUUCCGCACGGCGAACAUCAACGGUCAGCUCCAGUCGUCUCCCGUGCUAAAGACUCAGACAAUCACCAUCUCAGAUGUCACCAACUCCCUCAGAGGAAGCUUGACCUACAAGAACAUCCCCUUAGUCCACACUGAGACCAAGACCAUAACAUAUGAGUCAGCACAGGUGUCUGUUCCACAGCCGGUGGACGACCUGGCAGAGAGGGAAUCAGGGGUGCUGUUGAGUGCCCAAACCAUCACCUCCGAGACCAUCAGCACCACCACCACCACCCAGAUCACUAAGACAGUUAAAGGAGGAAUCUCCGAAACCCGCAUAGAAAAGCGAAUCGUCAUCACAGGAGACACCGAGAUUGACCAUGACAAGGCUUUAGCCAAGGCCAUUAAAGAGGCAAAGGAGCAGCACCCAGAUAUGUCCGUCACCAAAGUGGUUGUGCACCAGGAAACAGAGAUCUCCCCAGAGUAACAUGGGUUUAAACACUGAGACCCCUCAAGUUCUGCCUCUGCCUCCCCCGCCCUCACCCACUCCUGUCUCCAUUACACCAUGUUACCUCAGAAAGCCUCUAUCCAAGCCAUUACACGUAAAUGCACUGCCUUUUUGAUUGGAAUCGCCAGACCACACCUGAGGGAAUUCGCAUCGCAACGGUGAUUAAAGAACAUUAAACUCUACGUUCGGCCUGUGACAGAGUCAUCAGAGAGGAGAGAGAACCCAAGAACCCAGCCGGGAUUCCCAAAUAAAUCCUCAUCGAUUUCUACUUCUUGCCAACAGAUCGGACGUUGGACUAAGUAAGUUUUCCCGACAGGAACAAAGAAGCAAAGUGCAGCAUUUGUGAAUAUUUGCUUUUUCCAUUUUGUCUGGAGAUUUUAUGAAUAUUUAAAGGGCAUUUGGUCUUUUAAUCCUGAGAUUACAUGUAGUUUAUUUUUCUACAGUCUUUUCUUAACAUCAGAAUUGGUAAAUAACAAAGCGAAUGUUUUUAAUAACUUCUUCUACCAAACAUUGACCUUAAGGGAUUGUGGGUGGUCUUUCUCGCGAUGGAUCGUACGCGCCGCAACGUAAAAAAAUCCCUCCUAAUUUUUGGAGCAGGAGUUGGGGGUUCCUUUCUUGUAUAGUGAGUAUUUAUUGUCCCUCUCAAUGUGAAAAGUAUUUUUUAAAAUUAAUGUAAAAAAAAAAAAAAAAAAAAAAAAGAAACCCAAAAAAAUGACUUAGAUGCCGAUCUGGCAUAUUUAAAUCUCUGGUUUAUUUCUUUUUACAUCGUUUAUUGGGUUUAGUUGUUAUUGUUGUUAUUGUUGUAGUACCUGUGCCACUUGACCAGGAACUUAGUCUGAACAAUGGAGACACCAGUGAAAUAAAAUGACCAUAAUUGUUA